AUGGAAAACACGGUGUGUUCUAUAAAGCAUGAGCCCUGAAUAAGUGAUGGCUGCUGAGUUCUGGGCGCUAGCUCCAGACAGACAGACAGACAGACAGGGGGAUGUACAGCAAAGCCCCUAUUGUGUGCUCAGGAUCACAAAGUAUUCCUCUGUAACUCUAUUUACAGCACCCCUGGCUCCUACUGUCUCUACCUCCCUCCCUCCUGUCGUACAUUAUAGCAUCUGCUGAAUGCAGGCAGGGGUGAUAAAGACAAGCUCAAUCCACUUCCAUCAUGUCAAAGGAGCGGCUCUACAAUAGAGCUAGCAGUUAUUUCAAAGAGAUAAUGUAUUUCAGAGAUGACUCAUUCAGUUAUUCUACUGAUCAGCUAUUCUCUUGAUAUGAAAAGAGAUGUACUGUAUAUGCAGCAGUUUGUUCAGGUUCCUCAUUCUCUUUCUCUCGUUCCUCUGUGUUUCCGUGUACUGUAGGAGCGGGCACACUUUGAGAGCCUUGGUCACCACCUUAGCAAGCUGGGCGAGGAUGGCAAAAUUGGCCACAGAGUCAUCGACCUCACCAGGCCAGAGGAUCUGGAUGGUAAGUACAGACUUCUCUCCUCUAGAUUCCCUUCUGUUUUCCCAUGCUGAAAAGCCAUCCAGUCAGUUCUAUGUAACAGUGAAUUCUUCAGACUGCUGCCUGGAUUCCUCCCCAGUGCACAGUGUGUUCCUAUAGUGUACCAGAGAGAGGUGAGGGCUGCCAGAGCCAGAGCAGUAGACCAGGGGGAGCUGGGCUGGGUUGGGGGGAUAGUGGUGUUUGAAGGCGCCCACUGCUCCCUGGUAUUCACAGGUAGGUGAGGGAAGGACAGGACGCCUGAGGACAAAGCUGGCCCUUCUCCAGGCCUGUCCCGGCUGCCGCUGCGCUUGUUUGAGGUCCUGGGCACAGAGGUGUAAAUUCGUGUAGCACACUUGUGACAAAGCGUCAUCUCCCUUUGUGGGCCUGGAGUGUAAACAGUGGCGAGGAAUGCCUCAAUGCGCCAAUGUUUGUCUGACAUAAAUAUUUGUGUCAGUUUCCAUGGCACUUCAGAGCCCCGAGCAGAGGGAAAAUGGAUCAGGCUCACCUUUAAUAGCUGAAACAUUCUCAAGAUGGAGGGAGAGAUAUUUCUCAGGACAAUGCAAGAGCACUCGCCUCUUUUAGAUCCCUUCUAAAAGCCGUUUUAAAAACAUUUCCCACCAAUUUCCCCAUUUCCCAACAUUCCCAACAAAAUAAUUAUAACACACAAUGUUUCACAAAUUGUAUGGUCUACCUCACAUAAACCUGCUUGUUGACAAAGUCAAAGAACUGAAACAUAAAUUAGUUGUCAUGUCUGCUUUCACAUCACACCCAUAAAUUCAGGAUUAGAGGUGCAGUUAGUGGCUAUCGAGGGAAAGUUCCCACGUCGUCAGCUGCAGUAGACUCUGUCCCACCCCUCUGGCCCUCAGGGCAGAUGUUCUCUAGGUCCCCAGCCUCUCCCAGUUACCCCAGUGGGAACCUUUCUUCUGUGGCUACUGUGGAGUCAGGACAGGAGCAAGGCGCGCACCAGUCCCUGUCGUCAGGGAUCAGUUGUGCCCUUUUAUGUCCUGUGCAGGGCCGAGGGAAAGGCUAGUGCCAGACGCCUCUGGGAAGUGAGUUCCCAGCGGGCUGUGGAUUAGGCAGGGGCCACGGAGGUCCUCUUCCCAGGGGGAGAGAGAGUGGUGGCUAGAAGCCAGAGACAUGCACAUAGCUCACCAACACAGUCACCAUUUCAUCUAUCUCCACAAAUAUAUCUGUCUGUUUCAACAGCACCACCAGAUGAAUGCUGUGAACAGGGUUUUAUCAUGAUACGCGCUACAUUAAAGUCUCUUUUUAUAACCAGAAUGUGUUUACUUUGGAGAACAAGAUCCGUGUUUACUUUUGAGGUUCUUGUUUGGAGGCAUUAUGUUGAGCAAAAAAAUAAUGUUUACUAUGAGAAUGCAUAGGAAAUAUAACAAUUAUUUUAUAAGAUUAUUAUUAUUAUUAUUUGCCAUUUUCAAGUAAUUCAUAGCUGUCAACAGCAUUUUCAUCCCCUUACCCUUAAGUGAUUCCUUGAGGGAGAGCCAGGUACCACAUGUAAAUAUUAUUCAUUGUCUUAAAGCAGGGACUUUUUACCCUGCAACACGGUGUUCCACAGCAGCACAGUGUACUGCAGACACCUUUCUGCUCACCAACAUGAGGAAAACUACUGGUAGUAUCUGACUAUACCUGAACAGAGUAUAGCUGCUACCUAUUGACUGUAGGUCUGUCAUGGCAGGGGUCAAUCUCCCUGCAGAGGAGAAACAGUGUUAUUCAGAAGACGACUGUACAGCAGGCCUCUGUCAUUGCUGCAGUUCACAGAAAGCUUUAGGUUGCUUAAACUAAUAUUUGAAAAGCAUGCAGCAACCAAAUUAACAGCUGCCAAAGUUCUAACGAGGGCCAUUGGAAAAUAGUGGCGUGGUAUGGGAAUAGAUAGAAUUUCCUUCAUUUUGUAAAGCCACGAGCCACAUGCAUCAGCUCACCACAAAGUCAUUAGGUCUUUUUAAGCUCAGAUGAAAAACAUUAACAAAUACCACAAAAGGCCUCAGCCCAGCCUCUUUGUUCAUUCACAUAUGGCUUGGUAGAAGUAGUGUGGCACAUGGGUUGUGUGUUUGUCUAAAGCGCCCCCGCCAGAGAGGGUCCUGGGAGAACAAAGUGGGGGUGUUGAGAGAUGCAGGCAGGCAGGAAACAGAGUUCAUCUAAACGCACAGCACACUGUGACAAUAUCAGCCAAGGAGAAAUAAGCAAGGCAGCUUGGCUAAGUAGAAAUAGACUAAUAGACUCCUUAUGGGAUAGGAGGAACAGUAGUGUACUUUUGUUGUACAGUAACAGACAGUGUUGUGUUUAUUUGUCUUGGUAGCGCAGAGCUGUUGUUCGGUUUAUUAUCAGAUGAUUGUUUCGAGAGGUUCAUGUUGUUUUCCUUCCUAACCAGAGGCCAUGGGAAUUAUAGGCUGACUUUUAUUGCCUUGAAUGUUCCCAUAGGAGUGUGUUUCUUAGAGCUCAAACUAGGUGGCUUUAUACAGAAGAAUAUAUUUACAUUUACAUUUUAGUCAUUUAGCAGACGUUCUUAUCCAGAGCGACUUACAGUUAGUGAGUGCAUACAUUUAUAUCAGUUACAACUGUAAUAUAUUAAAUCAAUCAGGGUGUCCCUUUUUGAAGUUGGUUGAUUCCCAGAACAAUGAAUUCAAAUGGUUUUUGAUGACAGGAUAAAACAUUACAUUUGCAAACAUUUACUCAAUUCAGACAAUUCCCUUUAUACAGUUCACGUUUGAUUUACAAUAGUUAUGUUUUAAUCAUAUAGGCCUAUCCUUGGAGAUGAGUGUGCGUGUGCCUGUGUGCAUGUGUGAGUCAUUCCCAUACUCCUUUAGGACGGGGAGUUGGUUUUGCAUGUUGUUGAGGACCCAGACAGUGCAUGUCAGCCCAGGUUGCCCAGGUUUUAUUCAUUCAUUCUGUAAGAGUGAGGUGUGAACAGGAAUGCACCUUGCCCCACUUUAAGUCUGAUGGCAUGCGAGAGGAGACGGAGGAGACAAUAGUAAGAACUAUAGCAUGCAAGUGCUAACAUGUCAGCUGUUUGUUCCCUUACACACACAUAGAAAUGUUGGAAUUCAAAGCAUCCAACUUCGGAGAGAACCCCCCCAGAUUGGCGUGUUAAAGUAGGGUUUAAAUCACCUGUAAUUUGUAAUGGUUUAAUUAGCGGACUAUGAGCCGUGGCUUGAAUAGGGGUGCUGAGCACUGCAUGUGUCAUAUCUGUCCAUACACAUGAAUGUGGGCUGAUCCCCUCCCUUGGAGGGAGAGGCCUUAUUGUCAGUUAGUAUUUAAAUACCUUUAGUGGAGGGUUGUUUGAUUUGCUCCCCACUGGGGCUGCGGGAGCUGGGGCGGGCUUGGCCAGGUUGGAGUGAUAAAAGGGGGGGGUGGGAAAAAAAUUUAAAUGCAAAAAUUUUUUUUUUCCCCCCCCAAAAGGGGGGAAAAAUUUAAACAUAAAAGGGGGAAAACCCCCCCCUUUGGGUUUUUUAAAUGUUUUUAAAGGUUUUAAUUCAAAACCCAAGGGGUUGUUGGGAGUUUAAACCCCCUUAAUGCCCCGGGCGGUUUUUCCCCCUUGGGGGGUUUUAAAAGGGGCCCUCCCCUUUAAAUUUGGGGGGGGGGGCCCCCCGGGGGGGGUUGCGGGAAAAAAAUUUGGGGUUUUUUUAAAAAGGGGAAAACCCCCGGGGGGGAACGGGGUUGGGAAAAGUGGUGGGGGUUUGGGGGGGGGGGGGAAACCUGGCGAGGGGGACACCGUGUUUUGGCCAAAAUUUGGGGAAAACCCCCUUUUAAAGGGGGGGGUUUGAACCCCAAGGGGGGGGGGCCCGGGGGGGUUUGGGCGGGGGGGGGGGGAAGGGGGGAAAAAGGGGGGGGAAAAAAAAGGGGGGAGGGGGGGAAAGGGGAGGGAGGGGGGGGAAAAAAGGGGAGAAGGGGGGGGGAAGCAGGGAUUAAAACUCCAAAAGGGAACCCAAAGGGCAAAUUUUUGGGGAAAAAAGGGGAGGGGGGGGGGGGGGAGGGGCGGGGGGGGAGGGGAAAAGGGGGGGGGGGGGGGGGGGGGAAAAAAAAAACCCCCCCCCCCCCUUUUUUUUAAAAAAGGAAAAGGGGAAAAAAGGGGGGGGGGGGGGGGGGGGCCCCCCCGGGGAAAAAAAAAAGGGCCCCCCAAGGGGGGGGGGGGGGGGCCCCGGGAGGGGGGGGAAAAAAGGGGGGAAGGGAAAAAAGGGGGGCCCGGGGCCCGAGGGGGGGGGGGGGGGUUUGGGAAAAAAGGGGGGGGGGGCAGAAAAAAAAAAAAAGGAAAAAAAAAAAAGGGGGGGGGGGGGAGGGGAAAAGGAAGAAGGGGAGGGGGAAAGAGGAGAAAAGGAGGGGAGAGAGGGAGAGCGGAGGAGAAAGAGAGACCCGAGCGGAAGUCGCGAGAGAGCGAAAGAGGAAUGAGCCGGCGCAGAGAGAGACCGCGCUCGUCUCUCCCCUCUCUGUCUCCCCCCUCUCUCUCUCUCUCUCUCUCUUCUCUUUCUUCUAUCUCUCUCUCUCUCUCUCCUCUCUCUCUCUCUUCUCUCUUCUCUCUCUUCUCUCUCCCCUCUCAUCUUCCCUCUCUCUCUGUCUCUCUGUAAUUCAUGCUGCUCAUCUUCACCGUCUGUGGGAGAGACAAAUUAAAAGCAAAUUCUCAUAUCGCUCCGUCACAUUGAGCUGCAGGCCUCAUGAAUCACAAUAAAAUUCGAUUAAGCAGCCCUCCCCUGUUCCCCCCCUCGCCCCCCUCCCCAGCCCCAACACAGGGGGCUGCCCUGUCACUGCUAAACAUCUGUAUUUAUUUACACAAUCACACACCUAACUAACUGCUUCCCCAACGUGCCGCUCCCCCCCCCCCAAAAAAAACAAUUAAUGCUUGUUUGUAAAUGUCAGAACAGUGUUGGGUGUUUUAUUGAAGAGAGAAAACAGCAUUGUUGUAAAUUGCAUGUUACCGUUGUGGGGUGAUGCUUGGUGAGCUGUAGGCCCUGCUGUUGCUGCCAGCUCCCUCAGUGGCUGCUGCUGCUUCUGAUUAGGACACAUCAUGAUUACCCUGCAGGGCCAAUGAGAGAGGCGCAGGGACCUCCCAUGUGACCAUACACAAGCACUGUGGCAGGGAUGGACGCGGUCCUCUGUCCCCAUGGAGUGGUUGCAUCAUGCGGCUCUUAGCAACCACCUUCUAGCCCAGGGUCAGGCUCAUUCCUGCUCCCAGCUCCCAGUCCCAACACUGACAGACAGAGCCAAGUCUUGUUCUGAGUCUGGGUCUGGGUCUGCUUAGCCCGUCAACACUCCGCUCCACACACACACAAAACCACCAGGAUGUUAUAAUGCUGUUUAGAGGAGCCAUAGAUUUCCCUUUCAUGGCUUGCUGGUGCAGUUAAGAACUGGAGAGGAAGUGCUCCUCCUCGUCUGCUGCCUGGCGAACCAGAACCCAGGGCUUCACGGGCCUCAUCUCUAAUGAACUGAUUGAAGUGGUUUGUUUCCUGGCGCUGGUGUCAGGGUGGCGGGCCGUGUUGUGUCCCCCUCCUCGUAAGAGGCUCACCUCUGCCCGUAUGCAUGCAUGCCAGUAUAUAAAUUGCUGAAUCAGUGUCAGUGGCAGAGUAACGGCACAGGGGGCAUCGUAAAUUAGAGCGAGCGAUCCCGGGGCGCAGACACUGGCUGUCGUGUUUGAGUGAGCGCUGCGCUCCUGCCCUAAUGAAUACCUUCAUCUGGCCCGGCAGUCAGCAGAUUGGCCCGCGUUGAUGGAUACUGUCAGCCCCACGCCACACCACAUUUCAUUGCACAAUAAACAUGGCUGUCAAAACCAAACAAAGUGAAAUCAAUUCAUCCUGUACAGUGAGUGCGUGCUAAAUGAAAUGAAUGUACUGUGGGGACGGUGGCAGCAGAGGUAGUGUAUUAUUCCUGAAUCCUGACAGCGUAAAGCAGGGAGGUGAAGACAUAUUGGCUUUUCUCAACCAGGCACGGGUACAGGUAUGUGUGUGUUAAAGGUAUACUUCGGGAUUGUGGCAAUGAGGCCUUUUAUAUACUUCCCCAGAGUUAGAUGAACUCGUGGAUACAAUUUUUAUGUCUCUGUGUCCAGUAUGAAGGAAGUUAGAGAUAGUUUCGCGAGCCAAUGCUAAAUAGCGUUAGCUAGCAGAUACCCAUAGACAUCCAGUCACUGCGUUAACGCUAAUUAGAAAUUGCGCUAGCGCUAGUUAGCAACUUCCUUCAAACUGCACCCAGAGACAUAAAAAUGGUAUUCACAAGUUCAUCUGACUCUGGGGAAGUAGAUAAGGGGCAUUGCCAAAAUACUGAAGUAUUCCUUUAAGGAGAGAUAGAAGGUGUGAGGGGCUUUUUUGGCUUGUGAAUGUGUGUAUGUCUGUUGUUUUUACAUAAAGUUGGCGAACAAAGGCUGGGCUCUAGAAUAGCUUAUUGACCUGGGUCUCUCCCCAGGGCUCUGAAGGAGGAUGAUCAUUAUGAACAGUAUGGUCCAGGCCAGUCUGAGCCAGAGAGGUAGCUAUAUUCAUCCAUGCACAGUGCAGAGCAGGCAGAUGACAGCCGUCUGACCGUCAGAUGCCUGAUAUGACUGUGGCUCUGAGACUGUUGCCUGGCGGAGGCUAAAUGACGAGCUGAGUCCCCAGGGCUCUGGCUGAUGUACCGUGACGGUGUGAAGAGGCAAAUUGCACUGGUCUCCCAGAUAAAGGGAAGCCUUUCUGGAUCAUAAAUGUGUUGGUAUGACUGUUAAACAUGAGCUGGUGUAAAUGGAUUUGGAGGCCCUGAGUAAAGGCACAGCCCAGCGGGGGCCUCAGAGAAUAGGGCCUCCUGCUGGACGGCCGGACCCCAGCCGGAGUCCCCCCUAUCCCCAGCCAAGCCUCAGCCGAGUCCCAGGCCUCGCUCUUAGAGAUCAGGCCUACCACCACAGGACCUCCAUCCCCUUAUCAGUCUGGACAUGGCUGUCCACCCCCAGCCCAGAGGGACGUGUGUGGGUGUGUGUGUGUGUGUGUGUGUGUGUGUGUGUGUGUGUGUGUGUGUGUGUGUGUGUGUGUGUGUGUGUGUGUGUGUGUGUGUGUGUGUGUGUGUGUGUGUGUGUGUGUGUGUGUGUGUGUGUGUGUGUGUGUGUGUGUGUGUGUGUGUGUGUGUGUGUGUGCGUGCAUGCAUAUGUGUUGUCUCUCACCUGCUGUUUCCUUAAACAGUCGCCUAUAGAUAGUUAAAGCUCUAUCUAAAGUUGAACCAGUCCCCUUCUCGCCAUGUCUUACUUCAGGGCUUAUCUCUGCACUGUGCUGAAUAGAGCCAGUGAAUGAGUCUGUGUAUAGUGAAUUAAUCACAGAGUAGCGCUACGCUCCAUUACUCAUUAACAGUUUGAUUUUGUUUAUCAACUGAAAUAAUAAUAGAACUCAAACCGCAGGUAACGUGUGCCAAGAUGGAGGGCUAGUACAAGAUCCUAAUGAGAACACUUCACAUGUGGAUGAUGAAAUAUGCAUGAGUCAUCCCAAGCUUUCCUUUCCAGAUUUUGGAUCAUUAAAGAUGGAUGGUAGCAUAUGGAAAGCUUUUUUUGUCUUAUUUUUCAGGCCUUGUUUAUCAACAUGUUUUUGUUUGUUUAAAUAUUCAUACGGCUUUUAUUUAAUUCUUUCACAUCUUACAUAUAAAAGGAAGAAAAUGCGCAUGCAAACAGAAAUCAUUAUCAGGCUGAUGUACAGUUUAAUAUGGAGAGAGAGAGACUCUUCUCACAUGCUGAUUGUGAAUGGCCUGAUUGAGAAACAGCACUUUACUGAGGAGUUCUGUGUGUGUCGGCACGCUCUCAUCUCUCACUAAAUGUGUGUGUUGUGUGCAUGGGGUGGGGUGGGGUGGGGGGGGUUCGGCGGGGAUGGGCUAAGAAGAAGAAUGUUAUAUUAAGCACUUGGCAGAGUCUCUUCCCUCCUUGAUUGUAUUUUUCUUAUAAGGACUGCCUCACACCAUAUUUGUUAUUUAAGUUGGCAUUCCUGCUUGUUUGAAAGAAACUUCUGGAACUUCCGUUUGAAACACAUGGGGCUGAAUAUAGAAGUGUGAAUGCUUGUAGAGCCCCAGACAACAUAUUUAACAGGCAUUUAAGUCAUGGUUCUCUUCUUUUGGGUUUGGAUAGAUUUUUUGAUCCGUAGGGUGGCUUCCCUACUCUCACAAUGUCCACUUGUUCUACAUUCAAAACACGGUCGUCAAAUCCAGUCGUCAGGGCUAGUCUGGUCCAGUGGAAAGGAAGCUUGAGAGCUCAAUUUCCUUCACCUUGUAGUGUAGCACCAACUCUACCCUUGGUCUGGUCUCAGUCCAGCCCCAGCACCAACCCUACCCUACCCCUGGUCUGGUCUCAGUCCAGCCCCAGCACCAACCCUACCCUACCCCUGGUCUGAUCUCAGUCCAGCCCCAGCACCAACCCUACCCUACCCCUGGUCUGGUCUCAGUCCAGCCCCAGCACCAACCCUACCCUACCCCUGGUCUGGUCUCAGUCCAACCCCAGCACCAACCCUACCCUACCCCUGGUCUGAUCUCAGUCCAACCCCAGCACCAACCCUACCCUACCCCUGGUCUGGUCUCAGUCCAGCCCCAGCACCAACCCUACCCUACCCCUGGUCUGGUCUCAGUCCAACCCCAGCACCAACCCUACCCUACCCCUGGUCUGAUCUCAGUCCAGCCCCAGCACCAACCCUACCCUACCCCUGGUCUGGUCUCAGUCCAGCCCCAGCACCAACCCUACCCUACCCCUGGUCUGGUCUCAGUCCAGCCCCAGCACCAACCCUACCCUACCCCUGGUCUGGUCUCAGUCCAGCCCCAGCACCAACCCUACCCUACCCCUGGUCUGGUCUCAGUCCAGCCCCAGUCUCAGUCUCAGUAGUAGUGAUGACAGCCCAUGGGGUAUAAGGGUUGAACGUGGCUCGUGGCAGUUAAUUAAUUGCUCGCCUCGCUCUCUCUUCUCCUUCUUGUUCCUACUCUGGUGUUUCCAGGGUGGAAAGCUCUGAAUGGCUCUGGUACCGGAGCAGAUAAACCACAACAGUAUUAUUGUUGGCCUACAGGAGGCGCCAGCACAGCCGAGGCGCGGGUCUACAGGGAAGCCCGGGGGAGGAACAGCAACGAGCCCCACAUCAAGAGACCCAUGAACGCCUUCAUGGUGUGGGCCAAAGAUGAGCGCCGCAAGAUCCUCCAAGCCUUCCCAGACAUGCACAACUCCAACAUCAGCAAGAUCCUGGGUAAGCCUUUCUUCUUCCUCUCUCUCUCUUCCAGCCAUUCCUCUCUCAUUCAUCCAGCCAUUACAGAGUAUGUACAGUCUGUUAGCCUUCCUGUGUUAGAUUAUGUUUUUUAAAAUUUAAAUUCAGACCAAGUUGGAAGGAACAGGAUCGGAUUUGGUCAGAAAGUCAGAAAACUGGCAUGAAAAUAUAUUUUUUUAUAGUUUUGUUGAAACUAGUGUUCUUAGGGUUGUCAAUGAGAACUUUGUGUCUCCCAUAGAUUCUGAAAAAAACAGUCCUUAUAUACUUGAUACAAUCAGUUUACUAUUAAAUGAUGUUGUAGGCUUUUGUUAAAAUUAAAUGUUCCCUAUUAAGCACAAUGAAGUGAAAUAAUAGCAAGAGCCCAAAAGCAGCUUCCCUUUUGAAAGGCCUGGUGCAGUGUACUCCUCCUCAACAGCCCCCCUCUUUCGCUCUCUCUCUCUCUCUCUCUCUCCCACAAAUCUCCCCUCAGCUGGGUAUAAACACUAGGCUGUUUGGCUGUUGGCAAUAGUGAUAAACGUGUAGUGUUUAAACCACUAUGUUAACAACAAGAAGAAACAGAACGCCAUUCAUGAAACAGUGAAACACUGUGGAGGCAAAUGGCCUGGCGGACAGAAUCAAACACGUUACUGUUCGUGACGGGAGACUCAACGGUCUGGCGGUCCAGAGUUGAAAUCUACAGUCAUUCAGUGAUAUGUCGAAAAUAUUUGUUCUCCGCAUUAAAAAGUCAGGUUUUUCCAACAGCACGUUUGAUUCAGAUAGGGUAUAACUUAAAACCUUUAACAGUUUGAAUCUCUUAAUGACUUUUAUGCUCAUUGAGGUGUGUUUAAUGAAUCUAGUGUGCUCUGUGAUAACUGAAGCCCACUGUGGUUAAUACCUGUCUAUGUGGACAUAAACAUCUGUAGCCCGGUACCAGUGGGAGCAGGGGUUGAGGCAGGGGGUGGCAUGUUGUCUGAUUCGCCACAGUGGCUCAAUCAGCCCUGGCUUACAGAUGGAUUUACCUCCAUGUCACUGCCGUCAGUGUUUGUCAUGAAAAAUGACAGUGGCUAAAUGGGUCUCGUCAAUAGAUCACAGCCUUUAAAAGUGGCGUCACCCAGGCAGGAGCAGGAGCAGGACACACUAGAGAGCAGCUAGAGACUAUUUACAGGCCUGAUGUAGUUUCUGUUAACUCACCCACAGUCCAGCUACAGAGACCACAAAAUAAUAUACUGUAUCCACAAUGGAAACUCUCAUUUGCAUUGAUAUAUCUAUUGAUUCUUAUUAACUAAUGAAAUCCAUUGAUAUUAUUCCAAAGUCCUUUUUACACCUCUGUAGUGAAAAUGUACGUUCAAAGUGUAUGUCUUACUGAUAUCUGUGUGUCUGUGCCGUGCUGUGUUACAGGCUCUCGCUGGAAGUCUAUGACCAACCAGGAGAAGCAGCCGUUCUAUGAGGAGCAGGCCCGUCUCAGUAAGAUCCACCUGGAGAAGUACCCCAACUACAAGUACAAGCCCCGGCCCAAGAGGACCUGCAUCAUCGACGGGAAGAAGCUCCGCAUCGGCGAGUACAAGCAGAUGAUGCGCUCACGACGGCAAGAGAUGAGGCAGUUCUUCACUGUGGGGUAGGUGCACAGUGAAGAACAGCAAGCUUAGAGCACAGGCGCGACACACACACGUAGACACACAGCUAAAUGACUAUUCUGAAAUCAGUUGGCUUUUUGCCUGAGAACAGACUCUAUUCACUGUGCUUACACUAAAUAUGGUUGUAGUGUGUCUGCCAACUUGUCACACUAAGCCCCUGACCUUCGAAUCAACCCAAUUGAUCAACCCGUUAAAUCAUGUAUGUUAUACAGCCCUCACAAUAGAUGAAUAACGUUUUAACUAGUUUCCCUUUUCCGUAAAAAAAAACGUGUUCUUUCUUUCUCCACGUGUAGUGAUGACGGUGGUGAUAGUUCGUCGUACGCAAUUUCCAACCUAUUUGCGGAGCAUUAAUGAAACCCCAAGUCAAACACAUUUCCUCAUCCACUUUACUGUCAAGUGUUUUUUAAUAGUAGUGAUUUAUCAAUUUGAGACAAUAGCCGACUGCAAUAGCAGAGAAAGAGAUGCCGACAUUAUUACAGGAUAUAAAGCAUAAGUAUAGAUUUACAGAGGGCUGGAGGGCAGCUGUCUGGAGCUUAACUCCCUAAUUUACUGUGUGUGGUCAGUAAGGAGAAGGCUUCUCCAGGUGUUCCCUCAUCACCCGUAAGCUAUGCGAUCACUGGAGUAUCAAUCACUGCUAAAACACCAGAUGAGAGAGAGAGAGAGCGCACUAACCACCAAUCGGCUUUAUGUUACCAAUAAACUGGGUGCUGUUUCAGAACGACUCAGAACGGUGCUGUCUGGACAACUGUUCUCCCAAAUCAUUUUCACAGAACCAUUGGCUGAGAACACACCUCUGUGGAGAACACUUAAUCCAGCUAGCUCUCUCAGUUUAAGUGCUGAAGUGGAGGCGUCUUUAGGGUUGACUCGAGCGGCACACACACUGUCAGCAUUCUUUCCAUUUGCUCAUCCCAUGUGAUUCUAAUUGUUUUCCUUUAUACAUAUUUGAAGUAAAGCCUUUUUCCAUCUAAAGAAAGAACACAGAACUGAUAUUGUUAAGAGAAUUAAGUAUUGAUUAUAACGAUGAAACAGGAACAAACUUGUCUAAUAGUCUCUCUCUCUCUCUCUCUCUCUCUCUCUCUCUCUCUCUCUCUCUCGCUGUCCUUUAUUUUCUCUCUACAGGCAACAACCGCAGAUCCCCAUCAGCACCAGCGCCGGCGUGGUCUACCCUGGGGCCAUAACCAUGGCAACGACCACACCCUCCCCUCAUAUGACGUCGGAGUGCUCCAGCGCCUCAGCGAGCCCGGAGCCGGCCAUUCCCGUCAUCCAGAGCACCUACAACAUGAAGAUAGAGCCCGUUGCCAUGUUAACCAACGACCCCAUCAUCAACGGAGUGGUAGAUGAGAUGGACAUGUAUGAGGACUUUGACGAGGAGCCCAAAUCGGACUACAGCAGUGAGACUGAGACACUGGAGCCCAUCGUCAGCGCCAACUGA